AUGUAAAUUGUUAUAUACAGCUACAGCAGGUCGUCCAAAUCUAAGGACACGGCAAUAAAAAACAAGUUUAAUGCAAACAAAAUUUCAACAAUAUUGAUUGUCAAUUUCUGAUCAACAAUGACGAGUAAGAAAGGUGCGACAUUGAGAAUCGAGAAUGAGAUAGAUAAAUAUCGAGGUGAAGGCAACUGGAAAAAGGUUAUAGAACUCGCUGAUCAUUUGAGAGAAUUGUACCCCAGUAAUGAAUGUCUGGCAAAUUUCCUCAGUGGUGAGGGCAAAUUGGAGAGUUUUUUGGAACAGACUCCUCCGAUUGAUGCUAAUAUUUCAAAAGCCAAGUCUGGACUUUCUGAUGCUAAACGAUGUCUGCUUGCAGCAGCUAAUGAACAUGAUAAGCAGGCAAUUGUUGGUCUUGAUGCUCAUUUAUUGCUUGGAAAACUGCAUUACGCAAUGGGACUCUACGAGGAUGCUCUCUACCACUACCAGCAGGCUGAGCUCCAUACAUUGACUGAGAAACAGCUACCUAGUCGGAGUUUACGAAUUGUUGCUGAAUCAUACGCAAUUAAAGGUGAGAAUGGAAACAACAAAAAGAAAUAACUUUGGAUGUAUAAUUUACUGUCCAUGUACAGAAUUGACUUUUCGCCAAGUUUUAUUGACUAUUUUUGGCAUCUGAAUUUCAACUAAAAGAAAUAUAAUAUUAAAGGUUUUGUGGUGGAGUGAA